AUGUGGAGAUUUAUAUUUUCUAGGCGGCCUAUUUAUCCUCGGCCAUUUCGCUUUCGUCAUGCCAACAGACUGCUCUCACGCGGUUACAAGCCGAACCUGAAUCGACAACAAGUUAUAAAUCAGUUGCAGAAAGACCCGAACAUUAUACGUACGUCAGGCGCAAUACAAUCACAGGCACUGCUCAAUUGGGGAACUAUCAUUCUACUAGUCGGUGUUUCGAGUUCUGCAACAAUGGCAUUGUAUUUGGGUGUGCAAGUGUACCGUGCGUCCAAAGAUGAAGAAAACAAGACAAGACACGUUUUCCUUCCUCUUCGGUUCAGCUUUGAUUGGCCUUAUCAGCGCAAAUGCAACUUUCCGUCAUACUUGAAGUAUGUGGAUCCCGCUUUUCAUCAACAAAUUUCGAGUAAUGAAGACUUUCUCAAGGAAUUGUUUGACCAAGAUGUCCAUUAUCAAGUUUUGGACAUUUUGUUUCGUCUGAAAACUGUUAGAGACCUCUUCGGAGUCCCUUUGUCUCUACGUGCUGAUGAUAUGGAGGAUUUUCUUAUCUGGGUGGAACCCAAGUACCCUACAGUUCACGGCCCUGUGAUCCAGAUAACGAAAAAUGAUGGGAAGCUCAAUUUGCUGUGGAAAUGGGCGAUUAAGUCGAUCAAGUGUCUCUCAAUUGAGGGCUUUUUGACGGGAUUGGGACUUAAACUUGACCGUAUUAAGCCUACCGAAGCGCAAAUUAAAACUCACGAGAAAUCUAGUGGAAGAAUCCACGAAGCAGUUAAUCCUAAUGUGCCAACAGUUUUCUCAGGUGAUAAGGACUACAGUAUAGUUUUUGGAGGAAAGCUUCAUUUGGAAAGCAAGCAAAACAUACAAUGUGGUGUGGUAAAUUAUACAGGUUUGAUCGAUUUUAACCAUAUGGGUAUAAGCAAGGGCGUGAAGAUUACACUGUUGGAAUUAACAGUAAACAGCAACAAUAAGGAAAUGGUUUACAAGUUACGUUGA